AUGCCCCAGCCCACUCCCCCCUCCCCUGCAAUGCCCCUCGCAGAAAUCCUCUCAGAUCUAACGUCCCUCCGCGUCUGCGACCCAUCCGCCGCCCUCGCCCUCGUUUCCGCACGCGCAACCAGCGCUAAUGAGAGUCCUACGCAAUUGGAGGCAAAGACCGGGAAUAACGAGGGAGAGGAAGAAGAGGAUAGGGAUAUCCGUCGCGCGAUGGAAUUGGUGAAAUUGCACUAUGAGGUUCGUGAGGCGCAGAAGAGGGGGGAGUUGGGGAGGGGGUUGGAGGAGGCGAGGAGGGCUGUU